AUGCAAGUUGCUAUCAAAGGUGCUAUGCCUUCAGCAGAAUUUCUUAAUCAAAGUCAGUUGUUAUUAAAAGACAUAACAGCACCCCCCACAGUAGGAAGAGUCUUUUUCAAAAUGGGUUCGAUUGAUUAUCGUUGCACAGGGUCUGUAGUUGUUUCGAACGGCAAAAAUUUGGUUUUAACAGCCGCGUUCUGCAUCUAUGACAGUGACGACAUCGGUUGGGCUACAGAUAUGGUCUUCGUUCCAAGAUAUAGCAAUGGUGCAGCACCCUUUGGGAUAUGGACAGCUAAGAGUCUGAUAGUAUCUAAUUCUUGGAUUACAAACAAAAACCAGAAUGCUAGUAUUGGGAUGAUACUUCUAUCGCCAAUCUCUGGUCUGCAUGUUCAAGAGAUUGUGGGCGCACAAGGUUUAUCAGUUAAUGCACCACUUCGCGCUUCCGCGUAUGCUUUUGGUUAUUCAUCGGACACAAAUAAUGGACAACUGAUGGUGUAUUGCAAUGGUACCACGGAAGCAACAAGUACCCAAGCAGUGAUGUCGACCUACAGACAAGAAUAA